UAAAUAUCUAAAUUAUUAAUUAAGUAAAGAUUUAUUAGGAAAUACUAAAAAAAAUUAAUAUAAAGUCAUAAAAUACAAUCAGAAAUUUAUAGCAAAAUGAAUUAAGGAGUAGAGAUGACAUUAGAAGAAGCAUAAGAAAAAUUUCAUUAAUGGGGAGUACUGCUAUUGCUUGAUGCUCCUGCUGGAAUUGAAUUUGGUAUUGAUAAUACAAGUUGGAAAGUAGGAAAUAAAUUUAAAGGAGUAAAAUUAAUUCCACCUGGAGCUCACUUAGUACAUUAUUCGUUAAAGAGUGAGGAGCAUAAAUUUAAACUAGGUUUUUUCAUACAUAUAGGAAAGAAGAAAAGAGUUUGGGUGAAAAAAUGGAAUGUGGAAAAGGAAGAUUUCAUUUCUUUACCUACUCAAGAGGAAGAGGAGAGAUACAUAUUAGGAGUAAAUUCAUAUUAAUUUGAUGAAUUUUUGGGACCAUAUCCUUUAGAUAGGUUAUAGAUUUGGGAAGAAUGCUCAAAUUUUAUCACUGAGUCUGUCUUGGAUACUCUAAAUCCGAUAGAAAGAAAAGUUCAUUAAAUUGAAGAAGAAUACAAAACACAAAAUUAUACAUCUACUUAACAAUAGAAUAAGAUUGAUUCUUUAGUUAUGGAGUUUAUAUCUUCUUAGAAUAAGGAAUAGCAAAGCGAAGAUGAUAACAAUUAAAGUAGUUUUUAGACUGAAGAAGCUUAAACUGUUUAACAAAAUACAAAUAACUAAGAAACAAAUUUGAAUGGACAAAAGAUGGAAGAUGAAGAAGAAAUUAAUUUGUAAACAUAGCAAGGACAAUAAAUGCAGUAAGAUAAUAAGAUAAUUGAAGAAGGUUAAGAAAUUAAAGAUAAAAAUCAUAGUGAGUGCAGCAAAAAUAACAGGAGCAUGAAUGAUAUUAAAAACGAAAUUAUUGCAGAUGGUGCAAAAGAAGACUUUAGAGUUAUGGCUGGUACUAUCUAUUACACUGAUAUUCCAAAAAUCAAAACUAAGUUUGGUAAAUAAGGAGGCGAACUCACUCAAAUAAAUAUAGAUAAAACUCCUAUAUUGCUUGAAUAUAUUAAAAACAGAUAGAAGGUGGGAAAAGAAAAUUUUUUAAGGAGAAAACCAAAUGCUACCUAAAUUGAAAUAAAACAAGUAGAAGAAUAAGAAAAAUAUUUUAUAUUUGGAGAAUUUUAGUAUUCAUUUGCAAUGCUUCUACUUCUUGAGGAUUUCGAAAGUUUUGAGCACUGGAAAAACAUAUUCUCCCUUUUAAUCAGCAGUGAUAAAUACAUAGAUGAAAAUCCUGAUUUUUUUAUAGAGUUCAUUCCAGUACUUUAUAACAUCCUUAAGCAAUUUCCUAAAGAUUUCUUCUUUGAUUCUAUUUCUAAAGAUAAUUUUCUUAAGACUUUGUUAUCUGAUUUUUUAGAAGUGACAAUUUAAUCUGCAAAUAAAAAACUCUCUCAACGUUCUAAAAAACUUCAAAAACUAUUAGAAGAAUAUUUCUUAUUUUUUCCAAAAAAGCAAAUUGUAGAAGUUUGUUAAGGAAAAUAUAAAUUUGAAUAAGAGGAUGACUAAGAUGCUCCUCAGAUAGUAGAUGAUUAAGAUCCUGUCUAUUUUUGAAAAUAAUUUAUUUAUAACUUAUGUUUAUUCAUUUUUUAAUGAAUUAAUUAAAAAAUUAUUAAAAUUGUAAAUUUACCAAAAUUAAUUUUAGUUUUCUAUUUUUUUUCAUAAAAAAGUUUCAUAAAUAUAUUUAUGUAUACUAAUAGAUUAAGUAAUAUUAAUUAUCUCA